GGACUGAAUUCAUGGCCAGGUUGCAUGAACAUCUGAAGUAUUUUGUAAAUAUGAAAAUUUCCACAGACAAAUCAUGGCAAGGCGUUACCAUCUACUUCUCAGGCCAUGAGACUCCUGGAGAAGGAGAGCAUAAAAUCAUGGAAUUUAUCAGAUCCGAGAAAGCAAAGCCAGAUCAUGAUCCAAACACCAGACAUUGUCUUUAUGGCUUAGAUGCUGACUUGAUCAUGCUUGGAUUAACAAGUCACGAGGCACAUUUUUCUCUCUUAAGAGAAGAAGUUCGGUUUGGUGGAAAAAAAACACAAAGGGUAUGUGCACCAGAAGAAACGACGUUUCACCUACUACACUUGUCUUUAAUGAGAGAGUAUAUUGAUUAUGAAUUUUCAGCAUUAAAAGAAAAGAUCACAUUUAAAUAUGAUAUUGAAAAAAUUAUAGAUGAUUGGAUUUUGAUGGGAUUUCUUGUUGGCAAUGAUUUUAUCCCUCAUCUACCUCAUUUACAUAUUAAUCAUGAUGCACUGCCUCUUCUUUAUGGAACAUAUAUUGCUAUCCUGCCAGAACUUGGAGGUUAUAUUAAUGAAAGUGGACAUCUCAACUUACCUCGAUUUGAGAGAUACCUUGUGAAACUAUCAGAUUUUGAUCGAGAACACUUCAGCGAAGUUUUUGUGGACCUCAAAUGGUUUGAAAGCAAAGUUGGUAACAAGUAUCUCAAUGAAGCAGCAGGUGCAGCAGCAGAAGAAGCAAAGAACUGCAAAGAGAAGAGAAAACCAAAGGGCCAGGAAAAUUCUUUAAGUUGGGCUGCAUUAGACAAAAGUGAAGGUGAAGGAGUGGCUUCUAGAGAUAAUUUUGAAGAUGAGACUGAAGAUGAUGAUCUGUUUGAAACUGAAUUUAGACAAUAUAAAAGAACAUACUACAUGACGAAGAUGGGGGUCGAUGUAGUUUCUGAUGAGUUUCUGGCUGAUCAAGCUGCCUGUUAUGUUCAGGCUAUACAGUGGAUCUUACACUAUUACUAUCAUGGAGUCCAGUCCUGGAGCUGGUAUUAUCCCUAUCAUUAUGCACCCUUCCUAUCUGAUAUCCGCAAUAUCAGUUCACUAAAAAUCCACUUUGAACUAGGGAAACCCUUCAAGCCAUUCGAGCAACUUCUUGCUGUACUUCCAUCAGCUAGUAAAAAUUUGCUUCCUACAUGCUACCAG